AUGACCAUCAACCUAUCAGAGGUAGAUUUUCUCAACCUAAGCAAACGAUCCCAAUCAUCUUGUGUCUUUCACACUCGUUGGCGCGAUAAACAAUGUAUCCUGAAAGUGUAUCACCAUGUCGAAAGAACCAAUGCCAGUCCCAGAGACCGAGAAGUUGAUCCAUUUACAUGCGAAAUUCAAACGUAUACACGACUGAAAGCGCAUGGCCUCUGUGGCCGAGGAUGCGUCCCCGACUUCUACGGCGUAAUUGACGAGAUCAAUCCUAUGGAUCGAUUACCCUAUCUGAAGGACUUUCUCAAAGACCGUACCUAUUCUAAAGGAGUCCUAAUUGAGUUUAUACCCAAUCUCAGGCAGAUAGAUCUAUCUACCUUCUCUCAAGAUGGGAAGAUUCACAGGGCCGAAGUCUACCAUGGAGAUCCAUAUCCGCGGAAUAUGAUGGUCCAAGAAGGCUCAGAUCGGGUGCUCUGGAUUGACUUUGAUCGUGCGCAGACUUACGAUUCGAUCACACCUCGCCAACAACAUCUACUGGAUGAGGAAGAUGAGUUGAUGGAUUAUUUUGUUAAUGCCUUGGCGGAAGACUAUAAAGAAGGCAAAAUUCAUCGUACGUGGGAGUGUUAUUACGAGUACGUAUAA